AUGGGGUUCCACGGAACGGUGUGCCCGGUGGUGUUGUCCCCACUGCUGCUGCUCCUGCUCCUGCCGCACCUGGGGGUCCCGGCCCGGGGGUCCCCGCUGCGGCCCGACUGCGACAGCCGGGUCCUGGAGAGGUACAUCCGGGAGGCCAAGGAGGCGGAGAACGUCACGGCAGGCUGCGCGGAAGAUUGCGACUUGAGCGAGAACGUCACUGUCCCGGACACGAAGGUGAACUUCAAUACCUGGAAGAGGAUGGAGGUGGAAGAGCAGGCCGAGGAGGUGCGGCAGGGGCUGUCCCUGCUGUCGGAAGCCGUCCUCCGGGCCCGGACCCUGCUGACCAACGCCUCCCGGGCCCCGGACCUCCCGCAGCAGCACCUGGACAAAGCCGUCAGUGGCUUGCGCAGUCUGACCGCACUCCUGAGGAGCCUGAGGGGCAAAGGCAGCUCGGUGACCCCGACCCCCACGGCGUCCCCGCCGCCACUCCGCACCCUCGCCGUCGUGUCCCUGGCCAAGCUCUUCCGCAUCAACUCCUACUUCCUCCAGGGGAAGCUCAAGCUGUUCAUGGGGGAGGCCUGCAGGAAGGGGGACAGGUGA